GGAAGCGCGAACGGUCAAGAAUAAAAUCCAGGCGCGCGGUAUGCGGCAGUGAGGAGGAAAUAAAGUUCGUCAUUUUCCAGCAGCAAAAUGCGUAAAAAGUCCCAAACAUCCGGAUGAUAGCGCGUCAAACUGCGGCUCCGUCUGACCAGGGUGCGUUAGUUUUACUCCCCCAGGUUCACCGUGCGGUUCUCAGGUUAAAUCGCCGUGUUAUGUGGUUGUUGAUGGAGCCGAGGUGUGCACGCACUCCUCAGAGGACAUUAUAACGCUCCCGCUGCGGGUUUAAAGUCUCAUCUGGGAUUAUAAUCUGAGGUUUGAUGUCGGGCAGCGGCCGGUUCAGCUGGACGGUGGUCGUCCUCACCUGCCAGCAUAAAGACAGCGUCUACUCCUUCCAGAGAGAGCUGGAGCUGAGGCAGCAGCGUGGCUCUCUCUCUCGGGGUGCGUUGGUUUUGACAGUGAGGGACCGCCAGGAGCCGCUGGGCAGCGGCGGGGCGACGCUCAACGCUCUGUUGGUGGCUGCAGAACACCUGAGCAACAGAGCGGGGCACACGGUGGUCACAGCCGACGUCCUGGAUGAUGCUCACAUCCUCAUCCUGCACACUGGCCGUGAUUUCCCCUGGAGUCCCUGCAGCAGGGCUUUCUGCUGGCUGGCUCAGGAGAAACCAGAUCAGAAAGUCCAGGCUCCAGUCUGCUGUCUGGACCUGCUGCUGGACUGCCUCAAUAACCAGAUCUGUCCUGGUUCUCCUCCUGGUGUUUGGGUCUGCAGCACCGACAUGAUCCUGACUGUUCCCUCCGACUACGUGUUGUCGUGGGAGGGUUUCUCUGGCGUUCGGGUUUUGGCUCUACCGGGUGACGUCUCCUACGCAGCCAAUCAUGGAGUCUACCUGACCGACAAACAGGGUCAGGUCAGGGACAUCAUCUACAAGGGAACAGCCGAACAGAUCCAACAAGCUCUGAUGCCUGACGGGAAGGUGCCGCUGGUGUCAGGUCCGGUCUUCUUCAGCAGGGUCGUAUCGGAGAAGUUACUGCAGGCCCACGUCACUCCUCCUCUGGACGGCUGCACCUACCUGGGCCUGGACUCUGGAGCUCCACCCCUCCAGAUCUCUCUCUUCCUGGACAUGCUGAAGUGCCUCUGCUCAGAUCAGACCCAGGAUCAGUUUGUGAACGAGGAGCGAGUCGGCUGCUGUUCUGCCACCGGGCCACAGGGGGCGGCGAUGAGGAGCGGCCGGGCGGAGCUGUGGAGGAUCCUGAGAGGAACUGCGCUCAGCCUCGCGUAUGUCCCUGGCGGUCGCUAUGACUACCUGACUCUCUCCGGGAAGCAGCAUGUCUCCCGUCUGACCUGUGAUUGGACACGCAGAAACACUCUGUCUCACAUCCAGAGCGAGCGAGCCGUGAGCGAAGGAGCCCGGGUCAUCAACAGCGUGCUAGAGGGAGAUAUCGCCCUGGCAACAGGAGCUGUGGUGCAGCACUGCCACCUACAGGGUCCUCUGGAGGUCCCCUCGGGCUGUUUACUGUCAGGGCUCAAGUUGUCCACAUCAGACACCCGAGAGCUGUCGCUGGCCAAUGACAUCAUCAUCCAGGGCCAUCGCAUUGAGCUGGGAGAGCUGAAGCUGAACGUCUUCACCGUGAUGGGAGCGCAGGACGAGCUGGAGGUCUCGUCUGAUGCCGGCAGUGCCUCCUUCCUCAACCAGAGUUGGAGUCUCUUCUUUAGCAGAACUGGAAUCCAGCCAGAGGAGCUGUGGGUCAGAGGAGAACAGCGCUCCCUGCUGGAGGCUCGUCUCUUCCCGGUCCUCCACCCCAGAGGAGGCGCCGUGGGCCUGGAGGGAGGUGUGACCUGGCUGCUGGGAGGGGGCGGCGGCUGCCUGAAGAGGUGGAGGGAGGCGUGGAGGCUGUCCCUGAAGGAGGUGCUGUCGCUCACCCACCAGGAGGCGGAGCUGCAGUGGAGGGAGGAGCUGCUGUUCCUGGCGGGCAGGAGGAGGGUGAUUGACGUCUUCGCAAAACGCACAGAUGUCUGCCUGCUGCCGUGGUUCAGGGCGGCGGUGCUGGGAAGCCAGCAGGGGGCGCUGCUGGAGACUCUGGACUGCAUUGCAGCUGGUCGGACAGGAGAGCUGGGGGCGGGGCCUGGCCUGAAGGCAGAGCCAGGCAUGGAGCUGGGCGUGGCGGCUCGGUGUCUGUCCUGCAUCGCCGACGUGCUUGUGUGCAUGGCGGGGGAGGGGCGGGGCGGGCUGAGGAGCGGACCUGCUGCUAACGAGGCCUGGAGCUCCGCCUACUUCCUGUUGGAACAGGGGGACUUGAGGGGGGGCGUCCAUGCCCUCGCCACGCAGAGAGCCCAUUGGCUGAGCAGGCCGGACCUGCUGGUGCGGGCUGCGCGGCACUACGAGGGCGCCGGGCAGGUGCUGCUCCGGCAGGCUGUGAUGUCAUCGCAGAAGUUCAUCUCCAUCGGGGCGGGCGAGAUCCCGCCCCUUGAGGAGUGGCAGGAGGUGGAGUGUCCGGCCAGACUGGACUUGGCAGGUGGCUGGAGCGACACUCCACCCAUCGCCUUCGAGCAUGGCGGCUCAGUGACCAACGUGGCAGUGAAGGUUGAUGGGAAACGCCCCAUCGGCGCCAGGGCCCGUCGCAUCAGAGAGCCCCGCCUCCGGCUGGUCAGCCACACCGGGGGGCGGGACUGUGGGGUUUCCAUGGAGACGGUGUGUGAAAGCCUGGAGGAUCUGAAGGACCACUGUCAGCCACAUGCACCUGGAGCCCUGUUGAAGGCAGUGUGUGUGUGCAGUGGUUUGGUGUCUCUCUCCUCCCAGCAGCCUCUGGGGGAUCAGCUGAUGGAGCGCUGGGGAGGCGGCGUUGAGCUCCACAGCUGGUCCAUACUGCCCACCGGAUCUGGACUGGGUACCAGCAGUAUCCUGGCGGGGGCGCUGCUGGCUGCUGUGUACAGAUGCACCGGCCGAACCUACGACACCGACUCCCUCAUCCACGCCGUCCUCUACCUGGAGCAGAUACUAACCACAGGGGGAGGCUGGCAGGACCAGGUGGGAGGUCUGGUGGGCGGAGUCAAGGUGGGUCGCUCCAAAGCAACGCUCCCCCUGAAGGUGGAAGUGGAAUGUCUCAGGCCUCCGGACGACUUCCUGGUUUCCCUGGAACAGCACCUCCUGCUGGUCUACACUGGCAAAACACGCCUGGCACGCAACCUGCUGCAGGAUGUGGUGCGUAGCUGGUACAGCCGCCUGCCCUCCAUGGUGCAGAACGCCCAGCAGCUGGUAGCCAACGCUGAGGAGUGUGCCAGAGCUUGUACAGACGGCUCUCUGUCCAGGCUGGGGCUGUGUCUGGAUCGGUCCUGGCAGCAGAAGAAGCUGAUGGCUCCAGGUUGUGAGCCGGCGUCGGUCCGGUCCAUGAUGGAGGCGCUGAGGCCGCUGGUCCUGGGUCAGAGCCUGGCCGGGGCCGGCGGCGGCGGCUUCCUCUACCUGCUGACCCGGGAGCCUCGGCAGCAGCAGGCGGUCCUGCAGCUCCUCAACAACACACCGGGUCUUGGAGACUUCAGCGUUCACUCAGUGGAGCUGGACAUGGACGGGAUUACAGUCCUUCCACCAGGCUGAGCACACACACACACACAUACACAUACACACACACACACACACACACACACACACACAUCUGAUAGUGACGGUCAGAAUGUCCCACACUGUGACCACAGGCUGACUGUUAAACUGAAAAUCAAGUGUUAAUUAUGGGGAAUGAGGCUGAAUGAUUGAUGAUGGUGAUUUUGAUUCUCUUUGUAGUUUCCACACGUGAUUUACACACCUGAUCUGUGUGCAGAGCGAACAGGAAAUGUCUUUCACAUGUUCAGGAUAAAGACAGUCAGUUAUCAAAUCAACUGUGGCAGGUGACCGACUGUCUGUGAACGAUGAAGCUGCUGGAUUCUGGGAUUUAUUAUUGUCAUUUUACUAAUGAGCGUCAAUAAGACUUAAAUGAACAGCGUGAAAACUAUAUUGCAGUCAGCAGCUGUAGCACAGAUGACAGCAGCUCAAAGACACACAAAUCUAUUUCUGAUGACUUUUCCAGUUGCAUGAAAAAUGUAUUUGAUGAAGACUCUCGUUUUGUUUAUUGACAGAAUAAAUCACAAGAACAAAAAGCCUCAAACAUUUCUUGCAUGGCCGUCUGGUCUGGACCUCUCAAGAAUUAAAUGAUAAAAAAAAAAAUAUGGAUGAAAAGGAGAAAGUGCUAAUUAAUUUGAUAAAUCUAUUCCCGAAUCGUGAAUCAUUUGAAUAAAAACGUCAGUGAUUAGAUGAAAACACAAUUGAUUUUAUGAAAGUGCUGGUUCUGAUAAAGACGGGGGUGCUUUAAUCAAAUCACUUGUUUUCAUCAAAUCACUUUUUUUAUUAGAACAGUGUUUGAUUUGGGAUGAAAUGUAUCCAAUUAAUUACACUUUGAUUUCUCUCUUUUAAAUCAUUAAUCAGCUAUGUUUUUAUCAGUUCAUUUUUGAGAUCCACCAGUAAUAAUGUCUUAGUACAUCUGUGUGUUUGUGUGUGUGUGUGUGUGUGUGUGUGUGUGUGU